AUGCUACCAGCCGGGCUUGAACCACCCCAUAUUUUGGCCUCAGGGCUCUCACCCCAGCGUUGGCCGCUCACAGGCCGGCUCCAUUCCUACUUACGCUCUUUCACCAAGCGCCUGACCAUCGAAGAGCGCUGCCAGCGUGGAGAGGAUGGUGACUUUAGUCGGCAGGCCUCUGGAGACGAGGACAAGGACGAAGGUGUAUCCCAACCAGCACGCUUCCUCGCCCGCUCCGCGACGCCGGACGAGUCGAGCGGCGCCCCGGAAUCUGUGGCCUCGAGUGGCGAGUCUGAGCCGGAGGAUGAGGACUUCGAAUAG